AUGGGUUUGCAUCUACUGAGCUUCUUUAUGAUAGUUCUGGUGGGGAAAAUAUUAGCACAACAGUCCAGCUAUGAUGAAAACUACAAUGUUGCAUUUGGAGCUGAUCAUGUCUGGUCUCAACACGAGGGCAAGGAUGUUCAGCUCUCCCUUGACCAAUCCUCUGGAUCUGGAAUUCAAUCCAAGAUGAGUUAUAGCUCUGGGUUCUUCCAUUUCAGGAUAAAGUUACCUGACAAAGACUCUGCAGGCGUCGUAACAGCUUUCUAUAUGACUUCACACAAUGGCAACGAAUUGGACUUUGAGUUUCUGGGUAACAGAGAAGGGAAGCCCUACUUAGUCCAGACUAAUGUCUUUACAAAUGGAGUAGGAGGUAGAGAGCAGAGGAUCCAUCUAUGGUUUGAUCCCACUGCAAGCUUCCAUACUUACAGAAUCUUAUGGAACCAACACCAGAUAGUGUUUUUCAUCGACUAUACUCCCAUUCGGGUUUUCAAGAACAGGGGAGAGAUAGGAGUUGGGUACCCAACACAACCAAUGCAAGUAGAAGCAAGUAUAUGGGAUGGAGAUAAUUGGGCCACAGAUGGUGGGGAGACUAAAAUUGAUUGGAAUCACGCACCAUUCAGAGCUCAUUUUCGAAGCUUUGGCAUCGAUGGAUGCACCGAUAACUUUGGCACAGGUUGCUAUUCUUCCCAGUUUUGGUGGAACAGAGAGGAGUAUUGGAGUCUAUCCCGGGACCAAGAAAGCCAAUAUGAGACUGUGAAACAAGGAUACAUGAACUAUGAUUACUGCAAUGACACACAAAGGUACCCAACAGCUCCACUUGAAUGCCCACAGUGA